UUCCCCUCCGCUUCUUGGGCCGCUGGUGGCAGCCGCGGCCUCACGGUUCUCCCGGUUCUGCCCCCGCCGGGGCUGGGCUGGGCUGGGCUGGGCUGGCUCUGAGGACGGAGCCAAUGGAGGGCACAGGAGCUCCCCCGCCGUGGGGAGCCUGUGCUGAAGCGGACCCCGCCGCGGGAAGCGACUUAGGGGGGCCCGUCGCGCUGAAGGGAGACCCUGAGGAGCUCAAGCAGGGAUCAGUGUUAUUUCUUGGCGGCAACGAAGUAAAAAGCAGUGCUGUGGUGAAAUAUUCAUCUGCCCCACCACAAGCAGCAUUUGCCCGUCUUCAAGAGAAGACUGAUUUGAAACUUCCACCUGCCAAUUGGUUACGUGAAAGCGCCAAACUGGGGCCAGCAGGAACAACCAUUCUUGGCAACAGCAAGAAAAGCAAACUAUUUUCAAGCUUUGGCAUGGCAUAUGACUUCAUUGACUCAGUUGGAAAUGAUGUGGAUGUUGUGUCCGAUUCUGAGAACAUUAAAAAACUUCUGAAGAUACCUUACAGCAAGUCACAUGUGAGCAUGGCAGUACACCGUAUUGGACGAACCCUUUUACUGGAUGAGCUAGAUAUUCAGGAGCUCUUCAUGAGAUCAUCUCAGGUUAACCAUUUGUCUUUGGCCACCUGGCAUAUGUAUUUCAAGUGCAGUGUUAUCAGCACAAAGACGGGGGACUGGACGUGGCUUAAAGAGUUCUAUCAAAGACUAAUAGAUCAGAAGUGGCAAAGAAAGAAGAAGAGUAAAGAACACUGGUACCAGAAGGCUAUACUUUCCAAGUUUUUGUAUUACAGCAUUAAUGGUGAUGGAGCGGCUCAGCCAGUGUCUUCCACUGCAGAACAGCAUCAUGAAGAUCCACUUCCUGAUGAGAGUGAUGAAGUAGGAAGGGCUUCCUGGCCAGCCCCUUUUGAAAUGCCUUCGUCAGUAUCUGAAGAUCCAGGUUCUUCUAACCAGGGAAGUGUGCCUCUUGAACCCUCAUAUGUAGUGGGGCAUGUGGCCUCAGCCCCCAAAGAACAAAACCUGAGUACUUUGUUCAAUGACGGGGAAAACAGUCAGGGACUUAAAAAUGACUUUGUUCGGAACAUCUUGUGGACCUUUGAAGACAUUCACAUGUUAGUAGGAUCAAAUAUGCCUAUAUUUGGAGGUGGAAGAUACCCUGCUGUGAGCUUGCGUCUCAGGGAUAACAACAAGCCAAUAAACGUGUUAACAGGAAUUGACUAUUGGUUGGACAACUUAAUAUGUAACGUCCCAGAGCUUGUGAUGUGUUUUCAUGUUAAUGGAAUUGUUCAGAAAUAUGAAAUGAUCAAGACUGAAGAUAUUCCCAAUUUGGAAAACUCCAAUUUUUCUACCAAAGUGAUAAAGGAUAUUGCUCAAAAUAUCUUAUCUUUUCUGAAAUCUAACUGCACCAAAGAAGGGCAUACUUACUGGCUAUUUAAAGCAAGUGGAAGCGAUAUAGUAAAGCUCUAUGACCUCACCACUCUUUGUGAAGAAACCGAAGAUAAAUACCAAAACCCUUUCACAAUGCCUGUGGCAAUUCUCUUGUACAAAGUUGCCUGCAAUAUGAUGAUGAAAAAAAACCAGAACAAGAAACACUAUGGCACUAUCAGAACAUUACUCCUUAAUUGUGUUAAGUUGUUGGACAAAGCCAGACAUCCACAAAUUAUUGCUUCAGCAAAUUACAUGCUCUCAGAACUCUUCCAGUUAGAUGAGCCUAAAAAAGAAGGUGCAGAGUUUCCUUUAAAUGGGAACUCUGAUGAAAGUUAUAGUGAAGAGGAAGAAGAAAUGCCGGAUAGUGAUGAAAAUGGUUCCUACAGCACCAGCUCCGAUCCACCAGAUGACAAUAAAGCAGUAGCUGUAAUCAAAUCUGUUGGAGAGCUAUCAGUACCAGAAAAAUAUAAAUCUAUUCACCAAAUACGGCCUAGUUGUGCAUUUCCUGUUUGCCAUGACACUGAGGAACGGUGUAGACUUGUGCUCAGCUAUGUUCUAGAGGGCUUGAAAUCUGUUGACAGCAGCAUUAAAAAAGAUGGUGACCUCCCUGCAGCCGACCCCACCACCCCAAUCCCAUUAAAAUACGAAGAUGAAUCCACGAGUGGUGGUCCUGAGUGUCUGGAAAAACAGAUGGCUUUGUUUUUAGACAAAAUGGGCUCAUUUCAAAAGGAUAAACAUUCCAGUCAAUCAGGAAUGAUUCCUGGAUCCUGGCAGUAUAAAAUGAAACUCCAGCUGAUUCUGAAGUCAUCGAAGGCUUAUUAUGUUCUAUCUGAUGCUGCUAUGAGUCUUCAGAAAUACGGAAGAGCAUUACGAUACAUUAAGUUAGCUUUACAGUGCCAUGAUACUUACUGCUGCCUCUGCACCAAUAUGCCUGCUGAAGUGCUACUGUUUCUUUGUCAAUGUUUAACCCUUUGUGGUGAUAUCCAGCUAAUGCUUGCCCAGAAUGCAAACAACAGAGCUGCGUAUCUUGAAGAAUAUAACUACCAAACAAAAGAAGAUCACGAAAUAUUGCACAGUCUUCAUAGAGAAUCCAGCUGUCAAGUAUUUGCAUGGGCCACUGACUUGUCUACAGACUUGGAAUGUCAGCUUUCGGUUAGCUGCAAGUGCUAUGAGGCAGCUAAUGAAAUCUUGCUUUUUAGUAACUUAAAAAAACAAAAUCCAGAGCAGCAUACACAAGUACUGAAGAGGAUGGGUAACAUCAGAAAUGAAAUUGGAGUAUUUUACAUGAACCAGGCUGCUGCAGUGCAGACUGAGAGAGUGGUGAGCAAAAGUGUAUCUACAGCAGAGCAGCAACUGUGGAAGAAAAGCUUCUCUUGCUUUGAAGAAGGGAUUCAUAACUUUGAAUCAAUUGAUGAUGCAACCAAUUCUGCCCUUCUUUUAUGUAACACUGGAAGACUGAUGCGAAUUUGUGCUCAAGCACAUUGUGCUGCCGGAGGAGAUUUUAAGCGAGAAUUUUCCCCAGAAGAGGCCCUUUACUAUAAUAAGGCUAUUGAUUACUAUCUGAAGGCUUUAAGAUCACUGGGCAAAAGAGAGAUGCAUCCAGCAGUCUGGGAUUCUGUGAACUGGGAACUGUCCACUACCUAUUUUACUAUGGCAACUUUGCAGCAGGAUUAUGCACCAUUAUCUAGAAAGGCUCAGGAACAGAUAGAGAAGGAAGUUAGUGAGGCCAUGAUGAAAUCUUUGAAAUACUGUGAUGUUGAUACAGAGUCUGCACGACAACCCCUCUGCCAGUAUCGGGCUGCAACUAUUCACCACAGACUGGCUUCCAUGUAUCAUAGUUGCUUGAGAAACCAGGUUGGCGAUGAGCAUCAAAGGAAACAGCAUCGAGUACUAGCUGAACUUCAUUACAGUAAAGCAGUAAAGCUUUUUCAACUCCUAAAGGAUGCACCCUGUGAGCUCCUUCGUGUGCAGUUGGAAAGAGUAGCAUUUGCAGAGUUUCAGAUGGCAAGUCAAAACAGUAGUGCUGGAAAACUAAAGACUCUGUUUGGGGCUCUAGACAUAUUGAUAAAGACCCAGUGUGCAUUCCAGCUGAUCAGAAAGGAGCUUUUAGCUGAAUGUGAACAGAUAAAUGAGGAUGUCAAAAGUAGUGAUCAGAAGAUACCACCUGGUGACUCCUCUUCUAACCUUAAUAAAGAUGAAGUAAUAAAACUUCUCACUAUAUAUGAAUCUCGAUUGUCAUUCCUCCUCCUCCAAUCAAUUAAAUUGCUAACAUCAACAAAAAAGAAAAUUGGUGGCAGUAAUGAAGAGGAGGAAGUUCUUAAGACCAACAAGCAAGUUUACUCCCUUUUAUUGCGUGCAACUGCCAACAAAAGUGUGACUCUGCUAGCAAGAAUAGAAGUCAUUUUAAAUUUGCUGGAGCAGCUGACUCAACAGUGAAGCUGAUAAGACAGAAAUUCGGUGACUUGCUAAAUAUAAAACUGCUACAGAUUGCAGAAAUAUCAGUGCCUUGUUAAACAUGGGGUCAGUAGCUUUGUCCCAUGUGGUGCUUAGUUUUAUUGAAGUUGAGGUAAGCAUUGCCUAUUUAUAACAUAGUACAGCUGGGAAAAAACAGGAGUUCAUUGCUAUCCCAUGACAACUCCAUUAUGAUUUGGUUAUUAAUGUUUUUACAUUUGUGAAGUGCUAAAAUGGAAAUCUAUAGGUAAAACUUCCAAUCUUUUACAUUUAAGAAAUACAGUUGAUUUCUCUGAAAAGCCGUGGGCUUUGCAGUGAUGCAAAAUAAAAUAUUUAGCAUAAAAAUGUAAUCUGUUACAGUUGGAUCAGUUUGAUAUUUUUGUAUAAAAUGUUAUUUCAUAAGCAAAGCGGUAUUUGAAGACUUUUUCCAGUAAUGUUAACUGAAACUGUAUAAAGAAAUUUCCCUUAUAUGCAAACAUAUUUCCUUUUUAACUACAGUUAAUACCAUGCACAAAUAUAAAUGUGUGCCUUUUUAGCUUCAAUACAAGACUUUCCAUGGAUAUUAGCCUUUGCUGGAAUGUCAUUUUCACCACAGAGUGAAAUGGAGUUAGCUGUAUUUUGAUUUUUUUAUCAAGAAUAGUAUUAUCCUCUCUUCAAACUUGAAACUGUGAAUAAAUAAUAAAACAUAUUUUAAAUAAAUUUUAUUUAUUAAAACUAGAA